UAAUGAUGUGACUGACAGCCCGCGUUCUCCGGGCCACUGGAACGGGGAAGUACGGUCGUGUCUGCCCAUGCCGAACGGCGGGAAAGCGUGGUUGCCCCCUGGUUCUAAGGAUUCUCGCGUCUCACUGCCACCGGAGACCAGCCAUGGACAGGAGCAGCCCCGAUCUAGACUGGCUUUCAGCCUGCCGCAGGACAGCUCACCUGCUUUCGACGAAUCCGAUCUGCUGGAGGACUGCGGUCUGGUGGACUCUAGACAGACGGUUCCAACGUUGCAGGACCUCAUGGUGGCCAUUCCCAACCAGCUGCUUUUGGUCUCACUUCUGGAACAUAUCUGCUUCAUCUACGAGAGAAAUCCUCACAGAUCCAUGCUGCUGUUCAAGUUGUUGUGUAAGAAGCUUGAGAAGGUGCACCUGAUUUCCCCAGUCACCUUUAGUGAAGAGUUCAGCACCGUGAGGUUGCAGCACCAUCAGGCCUUUACAAACCUACUGCGGGUGGCGAGCAACAGUUUGUGCCUACAGAGGCGUGGUACCAAUGGAGAUGCCCAUCCCCAAGUCCCCUGCAGAAUAGAGGAAACGUUCUUUCAAAGACAGACGUCUCGGUACAUGACUGAAUUUGAAGAAAUCGCCAGGCUGGGUAAAGGAGGCUAUGGAAAAGUGUACAAGGUCAGGAAUAAAUUGGAUGGACAGUUUUAUGCUUUGAAGAAGAUUCUCAUGAAGAAAUUAACAAGAUUGGACUGUAUGAAGGUCUUACGAGAAGUUAAGGUUCUGGCAGGUCUUCAACAUCCAAACAUAGUUGGCUAUCACACUGCUUGGAUUGAGCACGUAGAACCAUCGGUCCUGAAAAGUAAUCGAGUGUCUCCUGGAAAUCUAUAUGCAUUGAAGGGCCCUUGUGUUACAGAAGAUGGCAAGGAGUCUUCCAUCCAGAACACACAAACCAGUGGCUCAGGUAUCAUUUUUGCAGACCCUAGUUCUGCUGUGAGAGUGGGAGAGACUCCGUCAGGAAGCGGGCUUGUUGAGGAAAAGAUGAAUGUGGAGAGUUCAAAGGAAAAUGACAAGCAGAUUUCCACCCACAGUGAAAGCAGAGGGGUGAAGCCAGCGAGAUGCUGUGAAAAUGGACUACUGGGUGCCAAGGGCCUCAGCACGCAUCAGCCUUGUUUUGAUUCCAAGGAUGUGUCUGUGCACGGCACAGAUCUGAGCUCAGAGCCACCAGUGCAGCAAGACAGAAAGAACAAACCAUGCAAGAUGAUUGAGACAAUGGAGACUGAGGGACAAGACCUCAAGAGCACUCAGGAAAUGGACACAGGUGACGUGGAGAUGUCAGGUUCAUCUAUAGACCUGAGCAAUAGUUGGUCGUCAGGGAGUGAUACAUCUUUCACAGACGUAUCUCCUGGGUCCCAGACCCAAUUUCAUCUUGCUCUUCAUAUACAAAUGCAAUUGUGUGAAGGCUCUCUUCAAGACUGGAUUUUGGAAAGGAAUACCAAACCAAGACAGAACGUGGCAGUUACCUGUCCGUUUGCUCGGGUGGAGAUGGACCGCACCGUACACAUAUUUCAUCAGCUUCUCAAGGGAGUGCACUUCAUCCACUCCAAGGGUGUUGUGCACAGAGAUCUGAAGUUUGUUGUUUCUGCAAGCUGGUUCAACAAGCCAAGGAACAUAUUUCUUCAUGCCCCUGACUGUCAUGUUCGGAUCGGGGAUUUUGGACUGGCCUGCAGUGACAUCAUUGAGACAUCGGACUCUUGGCCAGCCAAGACUGAAGAAUCCAACUUGAAACACACUGCGGGAGUUGGAACCUCUCUGUAUGCUUCUCCAGAACAACUGAAAGGCUCUCACUAUGAUUUUAAGUCGGAUAUGUACAGUGUUGGCAUCAUCUUAUUGGAGCUCUUUCACCCCUUCGGAACUGACAUGGAAAGGAUGAAGGUCAUCACAGAGCUACGGGAAGGCCACGUUCCAGAGGACUUUACGCAACAGUGGCCUGUACAAGCCAAGUACAUUAAGCUGCUUACCAGCAAAGUUGCCUACCACAGACCAAGUGCAGAUGAGAUGUUGGCCAGCGAACUCUUCUGUCUUCUCACGGUCACUCAGCUUCAUGAGAAACUAGAACAGAAAGUCAUGAUCCAGGAACAGGAAAUUAAGAGUCUACAGCAGAAAGUGAUUGAUCAGGAAGAAGAAAUCAGACAGCUCAAGGAACAAGUGAAAUUACUGAGCAGGGAGGGAGGGAGCAGCUAGUGAUUUCCACACUUCCCCAGAGAAAUUCUCUUAGUUUGCUUUCUUCCCACUCAAAUUUAUUUGAAUACCUCAUGUACAGUAAAUAAUGUGUGUGUGGUUUGAAUGUAUAGGUUUAUUUAAAUGGAUUGUGAGGUGUGAAGGAUGAUGUAUUAAAUUUAUUAAUACAUUAUCAAGGUUAUGCUCUCAUUAUUGCUAUCUAUUGCUUUGUGGCUUAGUGGUCUACUGGCAUCUUUAAAUCAGUUGCUCCGGGCAGAUGGGGCUUGUUUGCUGUGAUUGGCAGCUCCUCUGGAAGGAAAACUCUGAUCUCAAACCUCCACUGCCUUUAAGACUGUACCCACUCAGGGGGAAGGCUUCAGUAAUAAACCCUGAGGAGAAACCCAGAACUGGACACCCAAAGACGGUCCUAUGUUGAGUUCAACACCGAUUGGCAACUCCUGCUGGUGCCAAACUGUAUCAGUCGGCGGGAGGAGAGAGAAGCAGCGCAGCCCUCUGGUGAAAAAUGAUAUCGUAUCCGUUAAAUAGGGGCCGUGGACAAUUCUGAUUUGAUGGAGAUGGACGUGAAAGCACAGAGGAACAUCUGGAGAAAUUUCUGAAACGCUCGUUCGCUGCUGUCGUUACUGCGCGGUCAGGAAUCUUUCGGAGGGAAGGCCUCAAAAUCCCCGGCUUUGCCUGCUGUUGGCGACCGAGAUGGAGGUCGAAUCAUUCAGAUAGAGAUGGCGCUCUGUACUCGGUGUUGGAGAGCUGAUCAGAGCUCAAAGUUUUCGGAUGACUCAGAGUCGGACCGUGGUUGGGUAUGGCAGGGAGAGUUUUUCUCCUUCUCCCGUCUGCGAGAGAUGUGGGACAUUUGAGAGACUUUGAACUUUUACAGUGCUCAUGGACUUCUUCAUCAAGUUCAGGCUCUUGAACAGAAGGGGUUAACUACACUCACUUGCCCAUCCAUUGAGAUGUUUCCACAACCAAAGAUCUCACUUUAGGGACUCUUUAUCCUGUUAUUUCAUGUUCUUGUUACUUAUUGAUCAUUGUCUGUAUUUGCAUUUGCACAGUUGUCUUCUGCACUCUGGUUGAUCUUUCAUUGAUCCUGUUAUAGUUAUGUAACACCCUGGGAAAGGUUUCACUGCUAGUGUAAUGGUCUUUCUCUAGAAGCAGUGUUUGGGUUAUGGUUAGUGUGCUGCCUUAGUAGUCAGUUAUUUUUAUUUGUCAUUUAGCACCCUUUGCUGGUAGUUUUGUAUAGCAGUCAUUUAGGUCAUGUGAUCUGUCGCUCUAGUUGAUUACAUCAACAGUAGGCGUUGAGACAGUUUUCCAUGUAGAGUUGAUCGAGAGCUUGUGCCUUUUCAUCCAACAUCAUCCUGACAUUCAGGUCUUUGAAAGCAUCGUCAGUAUGUAAAAGUAAUGUUUAGGUUUUUUAUUUAUUGAUGUAUAUGUGUAUCUCCACAAAUCAGAGAUAUUUGAAGGAAUCGAUGAAAUAUUCAUGCGGGCUACAUGUUUUGGCUAACCUGCAGUGAGAAAAUGUACAUAAGAUACAUUGUAUGUAGCAACAUCUUGCUUACCAGUACCGAACUUUAUGAUAUAUUUGGAACUUAUUUGUAUACAGUAUAUUGUACAUUAUUUUGUAUCAGUUGUGGUAUACUUAAUGCUUGCCUUGUACUUAACCAUAAUGGGAAUUUGGACAUCUUUUGAUUGUAUGCUUUUCUUUCUCUCAGUUUCACCCUACUGCCAGUUGCUACAUUAAAGAAAGUAAAUUUGGAACAUCUUUGUCAGUGUAGUAACUGGGGAUGGAGUUCAUCUGCCUGUCAAUUCAUGCAAGGCACGUGAAGAGGACAGGACAGUCAGAGAUAACGGGGGCUUUGGAAUGGGAGCUGUCCAAUGAAGGAGUGUGUUUUCGUGUUGUGUGCCUGGCACUGGGGUGAGCUGGGUCUUUGUUCAGUGGGCGAUGAAGGGAGAAGACGCUGCAGAGAAGAGGUCAUUGGACUCGACCUGGAGCGGGGCCAAGAGCUGACGAAGCCUGGGGAGAUCGGAGGAGGAUCGGCGAAGGGGAAACCAUGAGCCCCAACUUGUGCACAUUAGACUUUCAUCAAAAUGGCCCCUUUUCUUUUUCAGUCAAAUUAAGAAUUAUAAAGCACUAUCGUUUAAUUGUAUGUGAUGUACUGUCUGUUAUUUUGUGGUACUGAUUUGUAACGGUGACGAAUCACGCAGCAUCCACACAAAUGGUGUUUGGGGUUGGCUCGCACCUCAAGCGAGGCCAGGGAUUGUCUUCCCUAGACUUAUUCAGCUGACGGAACCAGUGUUUCAGUAACUGUUGUACAGAUUUGCUGAGUAUGCCCACAGGAAAUGAAUCUCAGGGUUCUAUGUGGUGAUAUAUAUAUAUAUAUAUAUAUACAUACAUACACACACACACACUCUGAUAUCAAAAUUUACUUUGAAAUUUGAUGUACAUCAAAACACAUGGUAAAAUGUGCCAUUUGUGUCAACGAUGUGCUGGGGGCAGCCCACAUGCUUCCGGCACAACUCUCUAACCUGAACUACGUCUCAAAUAUGGGAGGAAACUGAAGAACCCAAAAGAAAUUGGAAGAAUGUACACACUCAUUCCAGACAGCAGCAAAACCACAUGCAGUGUAGUUUGUCCCAGGUAAAGAAUUCUUCCGAACCAAGCUCCCAAAAUAAUCUAUUAAACUUAAUCCUUCCACUGUUUAAAAUUGAACCCGUGUGUACUGCUAUAUACCUUCAAGAUAAUUACAUCAAGACACCUACAGGAGCGUUAUACAAAUUUCAGACCUACAUAAAUUGUUAAAAGUGGGUUUGGGAAAAGAUGUAUUUUAAGGAGGACAGUGAUCCAGAAAGGUGGGGAUUUAGGGAGGGAAUUUUAUAGCUUGACAACUUAAGACACUCCCAACACUGAUGGAGUAAUCAUAAAAUCCAGGAUGUGCAAAGAUUGGAAGAAAGUAGGGAUGGGGCAGGAGUAAAACCAGAGAUAAGAUUUGAAAACAAGGGUCUGGACUUUAAAAUGAAGCAUAUUAACCCAGAUAUAUAUACCCAAGAUGCCUAAGACUUUUGAAGUAAUUUUAUGUAUUGCACUAUACUACUGUUGCCAAAAAAAACAUGAGAAAUAAGUUAUGAUAAACCUGACUCUGAUAUGGCUCUCUGUGGUGGACUGAGGCAAAAAGGGGAGUCACGUUUGGGGAAGGGAGCGGGAAGCACCAGAGAGACACUCUGUAAUGCUCACUAAACCAAUUGUUUGAAAUCAAAUGACCUUGCCUGCUGUCUCAGAGCUGGGUGUGUGUCUGCACUCGCAUCACCCCCAGCCUGUGACAUUCCUUCUCUGUCGCCCAUCCCACACCCCUCCUGCGGUGCUCCACCUUCACCGUUCCCAACAUCCUCUGCUCCCGACAGAUUUACAAGAUUGCUCUCCACUCCACAUUGACAAAUACUGUUGUGCAAAAGUCUCAGGUACAUAUAUAACUAUAACUUGGGGAAGUUAUAGUGAACAGAAUCACCAGAGAUACAGUAUGUGUAUGAAACAGUAGGAGUGGUUGAUUGGGGUUUCUGUUUGAUUCCCAAAUUCCUUUCCCUGGUAAGUUCUUGCCCAUGUUUUACCACAGCUGCUUUGUCAUGUUUCAGAUCACUGAAUCUACCCUAUUUUCCCCCAACCAUUUACAUGAAACGUUGCCGUAGGAAAGCAAAGAUCCUCACACCUAGACCUUACUCUUUUCUCCCUGUUGCUAUCAGGUAGAAGGUACAGGAGCCUCAAGACUCACAUCACCAGGUUCAAGAACAGUUACUACCCCUCAACCAUCAGGCUCUUGAACAAAAGGAGAUAACUCCAUUUAUUUAAAGACUGUUUUAUCUUGUUAUUUCAUGCUCGUUACUUAUUGCUAUUUAUUUACACCUGCAUUUGCACAGUUGUCCAUUGAUCCUAUUUACUAUUACAGGUACUGUACUAUAGAUUUACUAAGUAUGCCUGCAGAAAAAUAAUCUCAGAGUUGUAUGUGGUGGCAUGUAUGUACUCUGAUAAUAAAUAGUACUUUUUUUUA